AGCAGACCAUGUUAGCAACUGAGUGCUCCUUGGCCUUGUAUUCUGAGGUAUUGCAUUUCUACCAAUUACGUAUUCUUUUGUGUGUUUCUCUUUGUUUUGAGUUUUUUAUUUUGCACAUUGGGAUGCUAGCACUUGAGAUUGAUCCAAUCGAUGAAAUAUAAACGCAUAAUGUCAUGUUAGUAAUUCAUUUGGAAGCAUGAGAUGCUGGAAUUCUCAUGUUACCCAUGGGAUAGUUUGAGAAGGCUCUUAUGGAUGGAUGCAUAAGGUAAGUGCAGUGUACUUAACCACAAUACAAACUGGUUGCUAUUCUCUUUAAUGUUUCCUUCAGGUUUUCUAUUCAGCUGGUGAUUGUUGCAAUGCCUAUGGUGCCAUCUCUAUUAUGCUUUUGAUGUGUGGUAACAUCAUUUAAUUAUUCAAAAUUCAAAUUCUUAUUCUGUAUUUAUGCCAAAACUCUCCAUAAAAUAUUUAGUUUGUAAACUUUCUCUGAUAUAUCUGCAUAGAUAUUUUUUCUAUUUGCAGGACCUCCUCGUUAUCCACCUACAUACCCAUCAAUGGCUCGACCUUUGUUUCCUCCACGUCCACCUGGACCACUUGGGGUGAUACCAGCACCGCUACCUCCUGUUGGCAUUCCUGGUGUUCGCCCUAUUCUCCCUCCUCUGGUUAGGCCAGGUGUUCUUCCCAUUCUCACACUAGCAGAGAAACCUCAAACUACGGUUUAUAUUGGCAAGAUAGCACCAACUGUAGACUAUGACUUUAUGCUCUCUCUUCUUCGUCUUUGUGGACCUGUCAAGAGUUGGAAACGCGCCCAAGAUCCCACUGAUGGAACUCUUAGAGCCUUUGGAUUUUGUGAAUUUGAUUCUGCUGAAGGGGUUCUUCGUGCAUUGCGCCUGCUUAGUAAAUUUAAUAUCGACGGGCAAGAAUUGUCAAUAAAUGUUAAUCAGGCAACAAGAGAAUAUUUGGAGCAGUAUGUUAAAAACAAAAUAGAAAAUGAAAAGAAGCUGAAAGAAACACAGUCUGGAGAGGACGGGAAAGAGGUUGAAACUGAAGCAAGCAAUGAGAAGAAUGAACCUUCAAUAGCCUCUGUUGAGGAUACCAAGGAGGAUGGUGAUACUGGCAACCAAAAAAAUCUUGACAUUGCCAACUCUGGUAUUACAACUGAUGAAGACCAGGAGGCAGACAAAGAAGCUUUGGAUAAGCUUACUAGCAUGAUUGAGGAGAGGUUAAAGACCAACCCCUUGCCUCCGCCCCCUGCACAGCCAGCCCCUGAUGGUUCCAUGAAGUCAAAUUCAGAGAUGCCAAAAUCAAGGGAUGGGGAUUCGGAUGGAGAUGUGAUGCAAUCUGAUGGAGCCAAAGUAAAAAAUGAUGACGAGACUACUAGUGAUAGCAAAGCAACAAUAGAGAAUGAUAAGCCUGAGGCAAGUUCUGAUCAUGGAAAUGAUCGGAGAAGCAAAGACAGAGACAGAGAGCAGGAUUUUAAACGGGAAAAAGAGCGAGAAGUUGAAAGAUUAGAAAGGGUAACAGAGCGAGAAAGGAUGAGAAAAGAGAGGGAGCAAAGAAGGAAGAUUGAUGAAGCAGAGCGUGAGUAUGAGAAGUGUCUUAGAGAUUGGGAGCAAAGAGAAAGGGAUAAGGAGAAACAGAGGCAAUAUGAGAAGGAAAGGGAGAAAGAGAGAGAGCGUAAACGAAGGAAAGAGAUUCGCUAUGAUGAAGAAGACGAUUAUGAUGAUGAAGAUUCAAGAAAAAGGUGGCGUAGGAGUGAGUUAGAGGAAAAGAGGAGGAGGUUACGGGAAAAGGAGGAGGAUUUGGCAGACAGACUUAAGGAAGAAAAAGAAAUUGCUGAGGCCAAAAAGAGGGCCAAAGAGGAGCAGCUUCAGCAGCAACAAAGGGAUGCAUUAAGACUUUUGUCUAGUCGUGUAGCAAAUGGCGGUGAGAAAACUGUAUUGGUUGAAGAAUCCAAUAUAGAAAGGAAAGAUAAGUCUUUUGAACGUAACAGGACUUCAGGUGAUGGGAAUCUGCAAAAUGGUGCAGUUGACGAAUCAAGCUUGGCAUUCAUUGCUGCAGCUGAUGCACGACAAAGUGGUAAUGCAGUAGGAAGAAAGUUGGGGUUUGGUCUUGUUGGGUCUGGAAAACGAACAUCUGUUCCAUCUGUUUUUGGUGAAGAGGAAGAUGAUGAUGCGCACAAGGACAAAAAGAUGAGGCCUCUGGUUCCCAUUGAUUAUUCAACAGAGGAACUGCAGGCUACCCAACCAACAGUUCCUGGAACAACACCUCCAAAUCUGGUUGCAGCAGCAGAAUUCGCGAAGCGAAUAUCAAAUAAUAAACCCAAAGAAGAGAAGCCUGAUGGAGAAAGAGAAAGAAGCAGACGAUCUCAUGAUAAGUCCAGCCGAGAUAAAGACCGCAAUGAUGAGGAUGGAAGUCGUACCAGAGAUGAAAACAAAGAGAAGUUUGCUGAGCGAGGCAGGGAUAGGGAACAUGGACUGGAUAAGGUGAAGACAACAGAUAACCAGAAGCUUUUGGAUGCCAAACAGUUGAUUGAUAUGAUCCCAAAGACAAAGGAGGAAUUGUUCUCACAUGAGAUAAAUUGGGAUGUGUAUGACAAGCAUGCACUGCAUGAGAGAAUGAGACCAUGGAUUUCAAAGAAGAUCACAGAGUUUUUGGGUGAGGAGGAAAAAACACUAGUAGAUUACAUUGUAUCCAGUACUCAAGGCCAUGUGAAAGCAUCUGAAAUGUUGGAGCAGUUGCAAUCUAUAUUAGAUGAAGAAGCUGAGUUGUUUGUGCUCAAGAUGUGGAGGAUGCUCAUUUUUGAAAUUAAGAAGGUGGAAACAGGUCUUGCUUCCCGGUCAAAAGCAUAAUACUGUUCCUGCAUUGUUGCAGAAUGGAUUCUUAUACGGUUACCAAUCAGACAUGAUUGUUCUCAUUUGGUAAAUCAUGUACGUCUUCUUCCCAUUAUCAUAGAAUAAUAACUUAGCUUUUACAAUCAUAGUUAGCCAUGGUUUUGUGUAUUAGUUCAAUUUCAAAGCACGAUUUGUUUGAAUAGCAGUUUUCUGCUCUUCAUUUAUGCAUAAAAGAAAUAUGUGGCUUCCAAUUUUUA